CAGCAGGGGUUCUAGUUGGAGCACAAAACUGACAGACGCAAGUAUAGCCACCAUAGGAAUCUUAGGACUUCAACGAUGCGUUUCUCACGUCAAGCAAUUGCUUUGGCCUGUGUUUACAUGUGCCUACAAGUGCUGGCAAACGACACAAGGUAGGCAACAGUCUUUCCUCGGUACUGUAGUUGCGAAUUUCUGCUGGUCAGUAGUUUAAACCCACAGCGGUUUGUUAGAUUUACAGGGUACGACAUCUUUACCUCCGGUGUCCCUCUGGAAGUAGAUCCGAUACUCAACCCAAACACGGUCUGCAAGAACACUCCUUCCUUGAGCAAAGAACAAAUGGAACUGUGCAAAAGCCAUGCUGACGUUGUGGCGAGCGCUUUGCAAGGGGCGCAGAUGGCUGUUCACGAGUGUCAAGAAAGGUUCAAGUACCAACGAUGGAAUUGCUCUGCUUUGGAAACCAAAAAUAAGAAUCCUUUGACAAGUGGCUUGCUUGCGAGAGGUACGUUAAUACUAGUCUAGCUAACACAAAGGCUUCGGGAAGGCUUCUUAAUUAAGAAUACGUCUACGUCUCUUAUAGCAUAGUGACAAACACCUGGAAAGUACAUGCUAAAGGGGAAUUAUCGUUAAAGGAAGUUUGUGGUCUUUGUCUCUGACCUUCAUCUCAUAACUAGAGUUUAAUCGGCGUUUCUUAAACUUCUUUGGCCAGCCUAUAAGAACUCUUAAGCGAUCUCUGGGAAUGCGAGGCUUUUCAGUUGCUUGGCACUUCGUUAUAGCCAAAACAGACGUCAUUAGGGCAUUAAAAAUGAUGAAAACAAGUCAAGACAUAAAAAUAGCAAAGGUUUAUUUAUAUAACAGGGCUACCUUCAACGUGAAAGGUCUCGUUAACAAUUACCGCCCUUGUAAGUGUAAACAUGCGAUGCCGGUAUGUAAGACGAUUAGAUCUCCAGAGAAGUGCAUAAAAACCUUCGUCAAUCUCAUCCGAUUCACUUUGGCGUACAUUAAGGUCUGCUGCAAUGAAAGGUCCUCUUCUUAGAGUGCUUAAUGUACUCAAAUUGGAAUCUCCAUACACUGGGCUUGAUACUUCAAACAAGGGCUAUAAUCCUUUCAUUGGAUGCCAUCCUUUGUAGCAAAGAUCCAUUUCAUCUCAUCACACACUGAAGCUUAAAGCGCGAAAGGUACCUCUUUGUGGCUUUCAUCACCCUUUAGGAUUUCAUAAAAACGCGUUCUAUACACACGUGGAACCACGUUGGUCCGUAUAAUAACAGUAUCACAAAAAGUGUCUGCUGAACUGCUUUCAAUUUAAAUUUAAUCAAACGAAUAUGUGAAGAAUGGACAUUGAUGCACUUCCUCCACGAACCUUUCACUCUUUUAACAGCCUAAGAAGAGUGAAGGUUGUACCUUUUGAGUCCGUGAACAAAAUCGAAUGGCAUGACCAUUAAACUGAAACUUUUUGCCUAUACUUUGGCACAUUACCAUCUGUGUUUUAGUCAUCUGGACAAAACGAUCAAUCUUUACCUUCGCUCACGGCCGGCUCAGCUUAUUUUCGGAGAUAGCGAUCGAAGAUUUUCCGUGUAAUCCCACAAAACGCGCGCCUAGUUCAUUAACUUGUUGCCACUUGCAGGUUUUCGAGAGACCGCUUUUGUGCACGCCAUCAUCUCAGCAGGGAUGACACAAGCCAUUGCUACGUCAUGUAGCAUGGGAAAACUGGCGACUUGUAGAUGUGACGAAACCGUUACUGGCGAAGGACGGGGCUGGAGCUGGGGAGGCUGUAGCGACAACGCAUUAUAUGGUGCAAAGUUCGCAGCCAAGUUUAUGGAUUCUCGAGAGAAAGGAUCCGAUAUAAAAUCACUGAUGAAUCAGCACAACAACCAGGCGGGCCGACUGGUAGGUUGUUUGAUUAAACAAACUUCAUACAUAGCUCUUCCCCUGGCUACUUAAUCAACUUUUUAAGAAUUAGAUAUAAACGACUUUUGCAAUACUGCAGUCAUACAAAUAAAUGUUAUUCUUGUAGGAUUUCACCCACGGAUUUAACACUUAGAACCACCUUGCACAGCAUAAUAAAUAGCACCACAGAAAAGUACUGGUCGGUAGCUUUCAUUUUAUUGCACACCAUAGGAUUUCGCCUACAGACUCUAAGUAAAGUUAGCACCAACUAAGACAAACAAAUAGUUAGUACAACGGUAAAGUGCUGGUGGAGAGGUCUUAUUUGACUGGUAACACCAUAAGUCAUUUAGUCUAUAGACUAUAAAGAACUGCUUUAUACUUGUUCAUGUAACUUAAUUGACUCAGAAAGUACAAUGCUUUACCGCCGAUGAUACACUGAGGCUUAAGUCGCGACACAGGGUCAGCUAUCUGUCAUGUAUGCAUCGUUUAAGUUUCACCGACAAGAACAUUCCAAAUAGGUACGAAAUAAAACAGAUGUUUGCAGUUGUUAGAUAACAAAUAUCAACUGUUAAAGAACAGCUGAAGAAAUAGAGUGAAAAAGGUUUAAUUCUUCUUCUCUUUUCUCUUCCUUUUUACUUCCCUGUUCGUCCGAUUGUGCGAGGAUAUCUCGCCCACACGUACCUGGAAGCACUGGGUUCUCUUUGCGUGAGAACCACAGUACUUCAAAUCCAACAUGCUUUACAAUUAGUCGGGGUUUCACCGAGCCCUUAAUCCAAUAGCAAGACUCAAGCAUGUGGGUAACUUUUGAUAAACUCUUGUCUAGAAUAUUUUGUUGACAUUAAGCUUAUCUUUUAAGUUGGGUAACUUCAGGUUACUGCACUGAGCGCCGGCAGGUUGAGUAAAGGGACAGUCUUAUUGGAAGUUAGUACCAUCCACUUGAAAUGUGGAAAAUCUCAGAGAGUGACCCGGUCUUGCUAAAAGUAGAUAUAACAGUACAUAAAAACUCGGUUAAAAACGGUCUUUGGUUAGAGAAGGACAGGAAAAAAUUGAUGAUAAAUUUACUGAAAACUUUGGACCAAGAUAUCUUCAUGUUUAACAGUGAUUUGGGAAAGGAUUAAGGUAUCUUUUCACCUUCAAAGUCAUUUUGUGCAUCACAAGCUACACGAAUUUAAUUCGAAAAAAAUUGUGAGAAUCAGAGAAUCAUGUUAUCGUGAUUUUCUCUCUGGGAGUGACCAUGAGGCAGGAACUGCUUCCUUGAAAGUUCAAUAGUUUGUCGAUGGAACCCAGUAGGCAGCGAAAGAGUUGAUUUCCUGAUCGGAAACCCUCUUGAUUGCUUGAAAAGAGUUCCUUCCGUGCUCUAACAUGUAUAUUUGUAGUUCCUCUUCAGUGGUAAAAGGAAGCCCAACUUGACCACAACCACAGAGACACGCUACACACAAUUUUAAAAAUAUUUUUCGAUCUUAUAAAGGAAAUUCAGUCAUUGCCUUGGCUCCCUUCACUCUAUUGUAGAAGGAAGUGACUUAUCCAAUUGUGAAUUUCUCAAGUGUGUGAAGGAGCAUUUCAAGAAAAAUGCAAGUCGUAUGUAGACAUGAAGAGUAAUUUUGCUUAUUGUGAAGUGAUCACGAGGCAUUCCGAGAUAUCGCUCUUUCUUCUCGAAAAAUGUUUGGCUCUGAUACCUCAUUUUUCGAUUUAAACCAAGGAUGAAUUGAAGGAGCUAAUUAUCUAUUUAAAACAGUUGGAUAUUUUCCUGCUGACUUCGUUUCAACUAGCCUAAUUGGUCUUUAAACGCGUCUAAACAUUCGUGCAUCACGCAGCAGUUUCAGCACAUGCAAAAAUCAUUUUUGAAGUUCAAAAGGUCGCCUUGCAAAGCAUCAGCCGCAAUUCAAGUUAAUUAGAAACAGAUACUUCUUGAUAACCUGAGUGUAUACCAAGGGCAUACAGGUUAUCUCUGAAACAAAGAAGUGCAUGGUGUAUUCAAUUUCUUUCGCCUUAUCUGGAGUAGGUAAUUCCCUGAAGGUGUUUAUGACACAGGUGAAUACAGGUGAAUAUCGUUUCUUAUUUUUGUGUUACUUUCAUUCUAAUUCAUCACUCUCAUGAACCCAGAGAAGGCUAAUCGUUAAUAGAGAGAGAAAACAAAAGUCACAUUUGCAAAACUAAUUAGCACAAAAAGUGGUUUUCGCAUGAGAAACGAUUUUAGGCCUCCAGUAGGCAUCCCAUUCAUAAACAAACACAAGACACCUGUUGGGAUCGAGUGAUUUUUCAAACGAAUGGCGACUAAUAAUAUCAUAGGAAUGAAAUAUUACUUUCGACACAGAAAAUGACAUGGCCGAUACUUGUUUUCCCAGAUGUGUCUGGCUAUACUGCUGUUACAAGGUCCUUUUGAACGAUUCAUUGCAAGGAGGGGUAGAGUACUCGCUCGGACAACAUGGAUUCUCCCUCUCAAGUCACUUUGGUCUACAAUCACAGUCAAAAGUAGUUGGGAAGGUUGUGCAACUUAACAGUAGUCCAUUUUAAUCCUGAAAAAAGAGUUUUCUCUUUUGCUAAAUAUCCCCCGUCCCCCCUAUUCAAUGUUGGGAUAUAACAGAACAAUUGCGCGUACAAACAUUAAAGUUUUGAUCAACAUUGGGCCAGGGGCGGGGGGAGGAGGGAAAAGAAGAGGUGAAAAGGGCAACCUUCCCAACACUUUGACGAUGAUUGUAGGAGAUUACGAAAUCAACUUUAAACGCUUACAAAACUUGUCGCAUUUAACAUUUGAUUGAGAUAUCUCGCCCUGGAACUGUGCUGAUAAUGUACUUUCCAAACUAUACAAAAAAUAUAAUAAAGGUUAUCUUUCGGCAAAAGGUUUGUCCGUGCUAUGGCUACCACAACACAAGCUUUGAUGCCUUCUCGUCUUUGUGGCUACUCUCAUUCUUCUUUCCCUGACCUCUCUAGAAACGUUUGGGAGGUGACCGUACAGAUCUUCAUUUGUAAUGGGAUCCCUCCAAGAAACGUUUAGUGCUGUGCCAAGCAUUCUAGUAUAGGCACCAUCAAUUUGCUUUUCUGUGCUUUUGGUCAGAGUCCAUGUUUCGCUGCCGUAAAGGAAAACACUUUCAACUGUUGCCAGGAAUACCCUAAUCUUUAAUUCCCUACAUAGUUUAGAUUUCCAAAUUUUGCCCAACUUAUUGCACGCCACCAAUGCUUGAGCUUUUCUCGUUUUCAUGUCAUCGAUCCAAGAACCUAGGGAUUUUAAAUCAGCCACUGUUCCUUUUGGUUUUGAUUACUCAGCGCUGGAUCUUGAUUGUGGACAAUUGCCUGAGUUUUAACUGCAUUUAGAUGUAGUCCGACAUUUGCGGCUGCAUUCUGUACCUUAAGUGAAGUGAAUAUUGUCUUAAACUAUUAUCCUAAAAGCCCCCCUUUCAUCCUAUAAUUCACGCCGUUUUUGUCUAAAAGAAAACUUUCUCAAGGUUCACUCUUUGGUAGGCAGAUUCCUCUCUGAAGACACUCUUCAAUGAAUGAAAGGUCCUGGAGAAUUUCCGACAUCUUUGUUGGACACUCAACUUUUUAAGUCAGAUAUUUUGUUAUUAAAGAAGAGCAUCAGCGGUCCACGGGUCUCUGAAACAUCGAUUUGCGCUUUUUUUGUCCCGUAGCUGAACUAUAUAAAGGACAGCUAUUGCAGUUUUGCUUAACUGUUUGCGUGAUAACUCUCUGAAAGAAGCUUAGUUUGGUACGGGGAGCUACUGUGAAGAAUUUCAUUUGCUUGUCUGUAAUGAUCUGUAAUAAAACUGUCUCUAAGACGGAGACUUUUCUAUGGUGGACGUCAGUGGCUUGCUAGUUCUCUGCUGAGUUUCAUUUGCUUCUCUGUAACUAGUAAGGAUCAGUGGUUGGCUGGUCUCAGCUGAGCUUCAUUUGCUUCUUUGCAAGUAAGUCUGAGUCUCCGUAACUAUGGUGUACAUCGGAACUAUGGUGUACAUUGGAUGGUCUCUGCAGAGAUCCAUUUUAUUUGUCUGUAUCUAACAAAACUUCCUGGGGCGCAUACCUGGUGGACUUGUUUGUUUGGCUGGUCUCAGCUGAGUUAUACUUGUUUUUCUAUUUAACUCAGAAAAUCUUCUCCUGUGAAAAUUUGAUAAUGGCAUGAUCGAGUUGCUUUACAAAUUAUGACUGCUUUUUAGAAAUCUCAUCCAGUUCUCACACUUAUCGAUACUGUGAACUAGGUUCCAAAGUCGGAUCCUUAUUUCCGUUAGAACGCUUUAUUUGAAUUUCAGUGCUCAAGGACUAUUAAUCAUUUGAGCUGCUAUCAAACACUCCCUUCUCUUGCAAAACUCCACUUUACUAAUUAAAAGAGAAACAACUUAAGAGACUCUUUAAAGGAAUAGAUGGCAUCAAAUACUUAUUGAAAAUAAUUUGCAACCAUAAUUAAUCUGAUUUCUGGCCAGACAUCGCUAAACAUGAAGAGACUAUACACAGACUGGCAUGAACACAUUCAAGUGCUUUGUUUACAGCUAAGUGAAAUGGUCGAUGUCACCACUGAAGAAUGAAGAAGUAUUGAAAGAUCCACUUGCGAAGUAAGAGAUCACACGAUCGAGCUCUACAUUCGAUUUUUUGGGAAUACAAGGCAUCGCAUGUAUGGUAACGCUUUUAAAGGAGGAUCAGUCUGCAACCAUGUUCAAUCGCUUUAGUGAUCGGAAGCAAGCAGUUAUAGUCAGUAAGGCCUCAAAAUCUUUGAAUAGAGGCUUAAAAGAGACAAAGAGGCAGACAUCAAUACAUUCAAGUGCUUUAUCUACAGUAAAGUGAAUAAGAUCGCGUAUUGCCAAGAAUGAAGAAUGGACCACUCCAGAAAUACCAUAACAUACCAUAAUGCUCUUUGUUUGUCACCCCAAAAUUUUGCAUAAGCGUUGUUUUCAGUGUCUCUUGGGGCCAUUUUAACUCCCAUUAAUUUGGGAUUACAACAACUCAGCAAUUGACCAAAGCAUCUCAAAGUUACUAAUUCUCCAAAAUCUGGCUUAUUUCAAAAACUAAAACUCACUCAUCAUUAUGCUCUUUAAGGUAUAAAUGUUUGUCAAAGUUAACAACGCAAGUUUAUCAGGACUUUUCACACUCUCUGUGGUUUACAUCUUCCUCUUUGGCAAAAUUCCAUUUCCUUUUCAAUCCCCCAUGUAGCACCCAGUUUCAUUUCCAAGCUGGAGGCAGCAUGGCCGAGUGGUUAGAGCGCUGGACUUCCUGUUAAGUUUUUUAAGUUUUCGACCCCACUAACAUUAGUGCUAUAAAUACUUUAGAGGGUAAAUAACGGAAUUAUUUUUUUAUAUAUUUACUUGACGUUUUAGAAGACCAGCAAAUUCCAUUAUUCAAAGUAAUGGCAAACAGAUGACAUAACGCGAAAGUAUCUCCAGAAAGGUUUCAGGCCACACCAUAAGAUUACAUCCAGAGACUUUGAGUCUGAAGUAAUGCUUGGCUAACCAUUUCCCAUUCCAAGAAUGCAAAAAGAAAAAUUGAGAAAAGGAACUUCAUAGUGUCAGAUAUUAAGAAUUGGAAACCUAAUUGUAUCAUGAGGAAGUUCUAGGCAGAAGGUUUCAGUUAAAUGGUUACAAUACAGGAUGUUGUACACAGUCGCUAAAACUAAGUAGACGUGAUAACUGUUGCCUUAUAAUUGGGUAACUGGUUAUUUGGAAAGGAGUACCAGUAACCCUUUCGGAAAAGCACAUCUGUAAGAUUCAACUUUUAGAUGGACGUAUGCAACUUACAACCAAAAUAGAUAAGGAUUUAUUGAAUUUUUUUCAAUAGACGCAAUCAAUUUGUUAAGACACUUCAACUUGAUAUGUAAAUCAUGACACGAGCGUAAAAGGAAGGGGAAAAAAGCCCGCGUUUUUGAACCAAUUACAUGCACCUCCCGCAAAUAGGUCAUGGGUACUCUAACUACUAAGCUACGAGAGACUUGCGGCGAAUCAUGCAUGCCUUUUACAAAAUUUACAUGUAACACGCGCGUUGCACACUGUUAAGAUCAACAAUGUCAAAAGCGUCCUGUAUGGUGAUAAACGAAAGAGAGAGGUAAAUUCUUAGUUUUACAAACACAGCAAAACCGCAUAUUUAAAAGCCUAAUUAGUUUUCGACAAGUGAAACAGUUUAAUCUGGGGUGGAAUGCAUUUAAUCCCGUUCAAUCAGGAAAAAAUAAAGAUUGGACUAGUUGCCUCCUGUCUUUUUCACAUAUCGAUAUUUCCUGAGGCUUUUAUAAAUUUGAUCUUGUUACGACUGUUUGAAAUUCCCAAACGGAAGACUAAGAGAAAAUAAUUUAAUUCGGCAAAGAUAAUCUUAAAAAUUUCACAUGAUGAAAGGUUUGGCUAUUUCUGUAUCCCCCUUGCAAUUUCGUAUUCUUUUUGGCUUCGGAUUCCCUCAUUAAAAUAUUACACCCGCCCACCUCGCUCCCCAUAGCCCUCAGAAGAACUUUUUCCCUCUCCGAUCCUUGGGAAGAAUGAUGUUGAUGCAACUUUGGAACUAAAACUAUUUGUUUGUUUGCUUUCCAAAAAUAACAUGAUUAUGUUGCUACGGUAAUAACUCCUUAAAAUUUUGAACACGUUUUAGAAAAUUGUUAUCCUCCACCACAAAGCCAUAAGUAGGCUUAAUGCGUCUUAACCCUUCACUGCCAGAGUGCUUGGUGGAGUUUUGUAAGUUGACUCUAACUUUCAAGUCUGUGGAUGAAAUCCUAUGAUGUUACCAUUCAAACGAAACCUCUCUCCCUGUACUUAACACAUGGUGCUAUUUGUUUUUCAGUCUUUCGCAAAAUGAAGUUGGAAAUUUGGUCGAAAUUUACUUUUGGCUAGAUUUGGCAGUGAAAGGGUUAAUGGUGUGAAAAUGAAACAUACUAUAAUUACGGUUACUUUAGAUGCUUAAACUGUCUGGAGAGGGUGGAGACUCUAGUACUUUACAUAGCGGGUUGUUCUGGGAGAAAGGGAGUAUAGCUAUGUAAAUUGUUCUCGUCCAGAACUGGUAUUGAACUCAUAAUUAACACGGCAAGGGUAUUUUUAAUUCAUGUAUCGUAAAUGGUUAUAGAAUAACCUGGCAUCUUAGAGGAAACAAGUAUGUCAAAGGUGUUGGGAAUUUAGCAAAGACUCACAGGUAUCACACGCAAACAUCACACUUGUGUUAUCUUGAGUCUAUCAAAUCUAGUAUUAUACCGUAAAUAAUUUGUCCCUUAAAUACGUAAGGAAGAAUGAUCUCGAAAACGUUUCUAGUAUAUUUGCAUGUGACGGCUAAAUCCCCCAAACUAACUCGAGGAGUUCUUGGAAACUAUAUAAUAAGACCAUAUUUACAGGACUACUAUUUGUUGACUUCUUUCGUCACCCAAGAUGUUCCUUUUACCUGUUUUAUCUUUUAACUACAUUUACUCUGUGAGAUAAUGUAGGAUUAACGAAUACUUAAAAUUUCUUAAAAUACAUAAGAGGAGGAUUAAAAAAUAUUUAUGAGAUAACUCAGUCAGAGAAACAACACAUUAUAUCGUCUCAUUGCCUCUGGCUUGAUUAGAAUGAUUGAAAAUGUCUCUUGAUGUAUUUGAGAUAAAAUAUACCGCAAUUUUGUAACAGAGACUAUCCUCAAUUUCAAUUAAGUGCUGCUUGGGCAUAUCGCUUUAAUCCCACACCAAACAAGAAGAACACGAAAGACAGACAUGGGCCCAGUUGUUCGAAGGCCGAUUAGCGCUAACCUGGGGUUAAAUUUUAAUUUGGGUUUCUUUUUUGUUGUUGAAAGCAUUUUCUCGGAUAAUAUAUUCUCCUUUUAAAGCAUCCAGUCAUCAAAUUGUAGACAGAAAUAUUUAACCUAACUAUUCUUUUUAAGCGUUCAUAUCUGAAUUCAAAUCUCGCACUAACCCUGGGUUAUCUUUAAUUGGCUUUGCACAACCCGGCGAUGGGUAUCCCUGGUAUUAUCACAACCGCUUAUCACAAUGCUGCAUAAACUAACUGUUGGCUUCAAACGCAUUUGCGCUUAAAUACAAUCGAAAUUCUAUCGGAAGCUAUCCCAAUCUUUAAUAAAUAGACGUGCACCUAGCUUAAAUGUAGAACCUUUCACAUCGAACGUAACCCCCAUUUAAUAAGUCCUAAUCCUCACUCCUGAAUAUUUACUUCUGUCUCAGUGGGUUCUUUUCCUCUUCCCUACUUAUUCAUUUCCGGUACGGUCCGAAUACCUGUUCAACUAAUACGCAUGCUUUGCAAGAUUGCUUUACCUCUUAAGUGACGAAGUCCCACAGGUUGGCAUUCAACUGAAAGCUACUGACUCAGCCUUCGACUUCCUUGUGCCACUUUUCAAAAGUGUACAAACUAAAGAUCCUAUGGACGAAAUCCUUUCAGGGCUCAAAAUAAUUUUUGGGUGGCCGGACACGAUAACCAGCCAAAGAAAUUUUUGCUCCGUCAAGUCAGGUUUCUCACCAAUCAAAAUACUGGGAAGAAAAGUUAACAAAUCCUUGUGUAAGUUUCUAUUUGUAUUUUAACACGGAGACAAAAAAAUCUAAUUAAGAUUUAUAGGUGAGGAGUUGGCUGUGUGUUCAAGAAUGGGAGUAUGCAAGACCGGUCAAUAUGACCGGCGAGUGAAGUUUUUGGGCAGUCAUGUUGCCAUUCUGGCCGGACAUUGUCCCAUGAUUAAUCGUUAUUUUGAGCCCUGCCUUGAGUGUGACAAUUUGGGAUAGGGAAGAUGAACCAUAGGCUCCGUCUCACAAGUCUUGCACAUAUUCUGUGGAUCUUAAAAGAUCCCACACAAUAAUGUUCAUCAAGUUCGGUGUGGUGGUCCAUCUCACUUUCACAGUCACAUUUAGGAGGCGUCAUUACUCAUUCCUUUAUUACUUGAAAACUGCAAUCCAAGCAGUCUGGCAAACGUCCCCCAACCAGUGUCAUAAAUUAUCGUUGAAAAGCCCUGAGGCGAUUCGAUGAUAAGAUUUUUAAAAUUUUCACUUUACAAGCAUUUAUACCGAACUUUUUCAGCUGUGGUUUGGCCCAAGACAAAUUGUUUUUCAGCGCGUGGCAACAAGUAAUUUCGUUUUGAAUUUUGACUUUGUCCGCUACUAGAUGGGAAAUUUCAUGAAAUAAUUCUGAAUUGAACUUUCUUCCUUUCCUUUUUCCCUUGUAGGCAGUGCUUGAUCUUAUGAAAACCAAGUGCAAAUGUAUUGGGGUAUCCGGCUCUUGCAGCCUAAAAACGUGCUGGAAGACUGUUCCUGAUUUCGGUGAAAUUGGAACAGUUCUCAAGGAGAAGUAUGAAUUUGCUACAACAAUUCGCGUGAGCAACCGAAACAGGGGCAAACUUCGACCUUUUCAGCGUAAGUUAAAGGCUGCGCAUCGUGACGAAUUUCUGAGGGAUCUGGUAUUUUAUGAAUCUUCUCCUGACUAUUGUCGACAGGAUGCCUCGCUGAGCAUUCCAGGGACGAAAGGAAGAGUUUGCAAAGUGGAUUCCUUGGGCAAUGACAACUGUAAUCACCUUUGCUGCGACAGAGGCUACGAUACUGUCCACAUGACUAUUAAGUCUAGAUGCCGUUGCCAUUUUAACUGGUGUUGCUACGUUUUAUGCGAUGAGUGCGUGGAGAACGCCUGGGUGACAAUGUGUAAAUAA